AUGGGCAACGAAAGCAAACACGUAUCUGCAGUCCAUGAGCUAUGGAAGCUUUUGCGCCAGCGCAAAAGUGAGGGGAGCUUUGAAUUGAAUGGGCAACUCCUACACAUUGCUGAGGUUGUCGCUGCAGCGCAACAGGAUAGCCUGCCCAAGCUCAGCGAAGAUCCAAAACUCGGCAAGUCUUUGCAGGAUAGUGUAAAUGUGUUGUUUGACCAUCUAGCGCAAGGAUGGUAUGUAUAUGGUGUCAACACGGGUUUUGGAGGCAGCGCAGAUUCGCGCACGACAGAGGUCAUUGAGCUGCAAAAGUCUCUCAUGCAGCAUACCCAGAGUGGUAUCCUCGUACGAUCAUCGGCGGAAGACACGGUCAUUCCUGGACAUUCCAUGCCGCCAUCGUGGGUUCGUGCGGCCAUGGUUGUGAGAUGCAACUCUACGCUGCGGGGUCAUUCGGCGGUUUCGUUUCCUAUUAUCAAAGCCAUGGAAAGGCUUUUUGAACAUGGGCUAACACCUGUUGUUCCCCUCCGCGGCUCUGUUUCUGCGUCUGGUGACCUAAUGCCUCUAGCCUACGUGGCUGGGAGUCUGGAGGGCAACCCGGACAUCCUUCUCGAGAAAGAUGGCAAGGUAAAGGCAUCGCAUGUGGCCCUAAAAGAGGCUGGACUUGAACCAAUCUCUUUGGGGCCCAAAGAGGGUCUUGGUCUGAUUAAUGGAACUUCUGCAUCCGCGGGCUUGGGAGCUCUAGUCGUGGCUGAGUCGCAUUUUCUCGCAUUGCUCACGCAGGUGUUGACCGGCGGAGCGGUCGAGGCACUCCGCGGCAGCGAUGAGAGUUUCCAUCCCUUUAUAGCGCAAACACGACCGCACCCAGGUCAGAUCGAGAGUGCGCGCAAUAUCUACUACUUCCUCCGCGGCUCCCACUUGUCACGAGACGUGCUCGAGCCCAAAAACCGCAGACGCGAGGACCUCGUUCAAGACCGAUACUCCCUUCGAAGCGCGCCGCAGUGGAUUGGGCCGCAGCUGGAAGACUUGCUGCUGGCAGAUCAGCAGCUCAGCAUCGAGCUAAACUCUUCCUGCGACAACCCGCUGGUCGACAGCAGUGUCAAUGAUAUAUAUUAUGGCUGUAACUUCCAGGCUGCAGCUGUGACAUCAUCUAUGGAAAAGGUGCGCCUGGCGUUGCAGAUGUUUGGACGUAUCUUGUUUGCGCAGAGUACAGAAAUGAUCGACCCUCACCUCAGUGGCGGUCUGCCCGCGAAUCUCGCAGCAGAUGACCCCAGCCUGUCUUUUACGAUGAAAGGUGUCGAUGUGAACAUGGCAGCCUAUAUGGCUGAGCUGUCGUAUCUCGCUAACCCCAUGAGCUCGCAUGUACAGGCAGCGGAAAUGCACAAUCAAUCUGUGAAUUCGAUGGCUCUCGCAUCGGCGCGCAUGAGCUUUGAUGCCGUUGACAUUCUGAAAAAGAUGGCUGCAUGCAGUGUGUAUGUUGUUUGCCAGGCGCUAGACCUACGAUCUCUCCAUAUCGAGUUCGUGAGGCAAGCCAGCAAGACCAUUGCCGAAAUUACGCGUACUUUCUUUUCUUCUGUCCUCGAAACCCAGAAACUGAGCGCCCUUCAAGACGCUCUUGAAUUGCAUGUUGGUCCGUCCUGGGCCACCACCUCAAAGCUCGACCUCCAUGUCCGGUCCGAGCUAUUGGUAACUUCAGCUGUGCCAAUCGUUCUCUCACAUGCUGUCGGCGAUGUAAAGCACAUUUCCGACUGGCAAAAACAAACCACCGAUGCUGUGACCAAUCUUUGGAAUACGACUUUCAAGACCUUUUCGAAUGCGCCUCAUACCGCAACCCUUCUGGGUAAGGGCUCCAAGGUUCUCUACGAGUUUGUGCGCAACAAACUGGGCGUGCCGUUCCAUGAGGGAUUCGUGGAGCAUCCCACAUUCGAUAACGACACUCACAAGGGUCGAGCGAAGAAGACAAUUGGCGGGUGGAUUUCUAUCAUCCAUGGUAGUAUUGAGGAUCAUUCAAUAUAUGAUGGGUUAUUGGGUCUUGUUGAGGAGGGGUUGUUGAAUACGACGAAUGGGACGAAUGGAACAAGCCACUAA